AUGGAUGAAGUAAAACCCAGGAGGCCUCAACCCUACACAAAGAACUUCAGGCAACUAUGGCAUUAUGAGAGGGCAUUUCUGCUGAUGCUGGUCUUGAACCUCCUUUUAUGGGUGAAUGUGACCUCUGUGCCUUUGAGUAGCAAUGAGACUGAUGAUGAUCAACUCUACCUGAAGGAACUGAUUGAUCAUGCCAUGAUGCUGUCUCAGAAUAUCAGUAAGCUCAACAUUGAUAUGCGUAGGAUAUAUAUGCUUGAGUUUCUCGGAAAUCAAGAGUUACUAGCUAAAAAUCUCAUCUGCUGCCACAAUUAUUCCAUCAAGACACCAGAAAAUAUGGAUGAAGCCCAAAUGAUCUCUCUUGAAGACUUCCCCAAACUGAUACUCAGUAGAGUACAGGCUUGGAAUAGCACUGUUCACAACCUCCUGACCAUACUCAGAAGUAUGCCUGGAAUACAGGAUAAUAUCCUAUCAUUAGCCAAAGACAUUAGGACAAAAAUUGCCAAGCUUUUUGAGGACACCAAGAGUAUAAUGAGCAAGGUUUACGGAACAACAGAAAAUGUGGAUUACAAUCUCUGGUCUGGUCUUGAAGACUUUCAAUCAUCUGAUGAAGACUCUCGCUUUAUUGCACUUUGUAAAUUAUCAUAUUGCUUGCAUGUUGAUAUACAUACAGUUGACCUUUCUCUUAUGCUCUUGAGGUGUGUGGUUAUUGUUAAUAGUGACAUAUGCCGAUCCCCAAGAAUUAUACAUGAUUCAUGAUUUUACAUUCUUUUAAAUAUUCUUAAUUCUAUACAUUUUGAAGGUAUGCUUUAGUAUACUGGGUGUCUCUUAAAAAAUAAACAUGGUUUAUAUGACAAAGUUUGAAAAGAAAA